AUGAACCGUGGUAAAUUUUCAUAUCCGAAUCAAACAUCUCGUUCUGUACAAGUGUUAGUUAGCCCAAGUCGUCCAUCAACAGGCCAAAGAAAUUUAUCUAGUGUCUCUCAAACAAUUCAUGGUGUUUCUACAAAUCCUAAUAAUUUAAAUGAAUAUACACCCUGGUGUCGUUAUAAACUUCAUAAUUCUCCCUUCCCAAGGUAUCGCCAUGUGGCAUCAUCUGUAGUUUCUUCUGAUAAUAAAGUCUUCGUCAUCGGUGGGCUACAUGAUCAAUCUGUUUAUGGUGAUACUUGGAUCAUUUCAGAAAACACAAUUAAUAUUAAUUCGCCUGCAACUAUGCAUACCCCAACAUCAACAACAAGUACAACAUCAAAUAUUUCAUUCUCUUCGAAAACAGUAGAAAUUACCGAGUAUACGCCUCCUCCACGUGUUGGUCAUGCUUCUACUUUGUGUGGUAACGCAUUUGUUAUAUUUGGUGGUGAUACACAUAAGACUAAUAAAGAUGGGCUAAUGGAUGAUGAUAUUUAUUUAUUUAAUAUAAAUUCUUAUAAAUGGACUAUCCCACAGCCUGUAGGCCCUAGACCUUUGGGUAGAUAUGGUCAUAAGAUUUCAAUCAUUGCAACUUCUCAAAUGAAAACGAAAUUAUAUGUUUUUGGUGGUCAAUUCGAUGAUUCUUAUUUUAAUGAUUUAUGUGUUUAUGAUUUAUCCUCUUUUAGAAAACCUGAAUCUCAUUGGGAAUUCUUAAAACCAAAAUCAUUUAUCCCCCCUCCAUUAACUAAUCAUACAAUGGUCUCUUAUGAUUAUAAAUUAUGGGUUUUUGGUGGUGAUACACAACAAGGUCUAAUUAAUCAAUUAUUUAUGUUUGAUCCGGUCAUUAAUGAUUGGAGAGUUGUGGAAACAACCGGUGAAAAACCUCCUCCUGUACAAGAGCAUGCUGCUGUUAUGUUUAAUGAUUUAAUGUGCAUUAUGGGAGGGAAAGAUGAACAGGAUGUUUAUCUAAAUUCUGUUUAUUUCUUAAAUUUGAAAUCAUUGAAAUGGUUUAAAUUUAAUGAUUAUAAAUUAAAUAUUCCCCAGGGGAGAUCUGGCCAUUCAAUUACUCUUCUAAAGAAUAAUAGAUUAUUAAUCAUGGGCGGAGAUAAAUUUGAUUAUGCUCGUUUAGAUGAAAGUGAUUUACAAACUUCAGAUGUUGAUAUGGGAAAAGGAACUAUAUUAUAUACUCUCGAUUUAUCUAGAUUAGAAAUUGAAUGUCCUGGAAUUUUUUCAACUGAUAAAGAUGCUAUUACUGAAAGCACUACCUCCACAAUUACCCCAAUUAAUUCAACGCCAACUGUGAAUCUCUCAAAUAAAAAUCUAAUUACACCAGUAAGCACACCACAAUUAUCAAAUGAUAGCAGUAAUUUGAUAAAAUCUAACGAUUUACAAAAUAAUAGAUAUGAAAAAUUUACUGGACCAACUCCAAAUAUUAAUAUACUAACUCCAUACGCAAAUAGUGAAAACCAAAAUACUCCUCUUCAAAAUAUCAUUCAAACACCAAGUUCUAGCAAUGAUAAAUCUAAUGUUGUGUCUCCAACACCACAAUCAUCAAUAACAGCUACUCCAUCAGGGGCAACUAGCACCACAUCAGCAAAUACAAUUAACGUAACACCAUAUGCAACAUCUACAACAUCUCCUUCCAUCACAUCAAAUCCAACACCUGCUAUUCCAAUUAACCACAUGCAACAAUUACCCAACAUUACUAGCCAACCUUCCUCUACCUCUCAUGCUCCAAUUACAUUUAAUGCUACUGAGCCAAUUACAACAAUUCCAUCUUUGAGUAAUCAAGAAGAAAAUUUAACUGAUAGCACCCAAAUUCCUUCUACCUCUACUCUUCUUGGUACAAGUUCUUUAAAACCCACAACCACUGAAGAUUCAAAAGUAAAUGGACUAUCUCCAACCAAAGUGCUGGUACCUUCGGCACUAAAUAAUGAGGCUAAUGGGAUGAACAAUAUUGAUUCAACCGAUAAAUCAUCCAAUUUUGAAAAGGAAUCUUUAAAAACUGCCCGUGAUUUAUCUAAUACUAGUAAAUCAGUACAUUCUGCUUCGCAGGCUAGCGAUAUUGACGAUAUAAUCAAUGGCGAAAUUGGUGUUGCCACUAUUGCAAAUUCUCCAUCAAAAGCAGCAGUUAAAUAUGAAGCUCCAAGCAUAUUAAACAAAGUAGUCGCUGAUUCUAUUGCCAUCUCAAAUGAUUCAGCCGCUACAACCUUGAAUGAAGAAAUGUUCCCUGAACUAAAAUCCGAUACUGAGCUACAAAUCAAAAAGCCUAUUGAUAAUGCCUCAGCUAAUGAGUUGAACCACAUUAAUGAAGGACAAACACCUGCUAUUGAUAUGAACACUGUUACUAUCGAUAAAAAAGUAUUGGAGAAUAUAAGAACUGAAUUAUCCGAUUUAAAAGAAUUAACUCAAAAAAAAUCAAGAGAAGCAAGUAAUCACGUCAAGAAUUUAGAAGAGGAAAUUAACAAAUUGAAAAUUGAGAAUAAAAAUUUAUCAAAUCCAAAUUCUUCACAAUCAAUUUUAAUCCAAUCAAAGUAUGAUGUACUGGAAGCUGACAAUAAAGUAUUGAAUGAUCGUUUAGCUGAAUACGAGGAUUUAUUCGGCUCUAAAUUUUUGGACAUUAAAAAUCUAAAUGAUAUAGUUAAAGCCCAAAAUGAAAAAAUUAUCAAAUUAGAAGAUAGCAAUUCUACAUUAAAAGCGGAAAAUCACACUUUAAAAGAAAAGCAAAACCAUGAAGAUACUGAAUUUAGAAGUCAGAUAAAUUCUUAUUCGGCCAGUAUUGAUAAUUUAUUGAAGGAAUGGAAUAACAGUAGAGAACUCACUACAUCACUCGAUAAUAACCAUCCAGGAUCUACUUCUACAUCUCCUACAACUAGUUCCAAGUCUUCAUCGAAAGAAAAUGGUACAACUGCCCCAACAUUUUUCCGAGUUAACUCUUCACGUCAUGACGCUGUCAUUGAUAAACUCCAAAAAAGAUUGGAAGAUGCUCUAACUUUAAAUAAAGAAUUAACUGUUUCUAAUGAUAAAUUGAACAAUGACGUAAAAGCUCUAAAUGAAAAAUAUCUAACAUUAAACAAUAGCUUUAUGUCUAAGAAAAAUGAAUUUACUGAGAUUGAAAAGAAUUAUAAAUCUAGUCUAAAUUCAAUGCUAAAUGCAAACAAAGCUUUAGAAUUAUCCCAAAAGGAACUAACAAAAUAUAGGGAAAUGAAUGGAAGAUUACAAAAAGAUUUAGAAGAAUUGCAAUUUGAUAAAACUAAUAAUGCCAAAAGAAAUAUCUCUGAAGCAUCUUCAUUCUCUAAGAACAGUAUCAACAACGAUUCUAAUGAUGAUAAUUCUAACACCGAUUACAGAGAAACUCAUUACAAAAUGAAAAUUAGUGAUCUAAAGGCCGAGCUAUUUAUCAUUAAGCAAGAAAGAGAUAAUCUAAAAGAGGAUGUUCAUCAAAUGAAGAAGCAAUUAUAUACUUUGAAUGAAAGCGACGAAGUUUAA